UCCUGAGGUGAGAACGGCGAGUGGGAGGGUGGGAGGAUCUCAUUCCAAUCCCCUGUGCCCAGUUUCAGCACACUGCACAUCUUGAGCAGUUUAGAGCCAGACCACGGACAGAAAAAAUAAGGAAGAGGGGGAGAGGAGUGGAGAGAGAGAGAGAGAGAAAGAAAAAGAGAAAGGAGAGGGAGAGAGAGAGAGAGGGCAUGUGUAAGAGUGGCGCGUUUGUUGUUUUUAAAACGCGAGGUUGAGCUUGAAGAAGAAUGUGUGUAUGUGUGUGAGGGCAAGAGAGAGUGAGAGACAGAGAGCAAGUGUGUGUGUGUGUGUGUGCGCGUGUGUGUGUGUGUGUCUGCGUGUGUGUUUUUUUGUGAGGCUUCAGUGUUCAUGUGCGACAGCCUGAGAGAAGCGGCGUGUGACGGCUCGGCUGCCGUACUACUUGUGCAGACAGGAGAGUUGGAGGCAUUUCUUUUGUAGGGACUCGCAGGGAAUGGCAAACAACACACUCCGCCUGGGAUCAUCCAUUUAAUAAGAAUGUCGCAGGCUAUUUGCUGUACCUUGGUGAACUGUAAUUGUGAUAGUUUCAAACCUGGGAAACUGAAGAGGCGACAGUGUGAAAAUUGCAAGCAUGGAUGGGUAGCUCAUGCGCUGAGUAAAUUGAAGGUGCACCACAUGUACCAGGGCAGUCAAGUGGAGAUCGUCCACUCCAACGUGGUGUUUGACAUCUGCAGUCUGAUGCUGUACGGGACGCAGGCCAUUCCGGUGCGCCUCAAGAUCCUGCUGGACCGCCUCUUCAGCGUCCUCAAGCAGGAUGAAGUCAUCCAGAUCCUCAACGCACUAGACUGGACCCUCCAGGAUUACAUCCGGGGAUACGUUCUUCAGGAUGUGGCAGGGAAAGUGCUGGACCGCUGGGCUAUUAUGACCUUUGAGGAGGAGAUCGCCACGUUGCAGCAAUUUCUGCGCUUUGGAGAGACCAAGUCCAUUGUGGAGCUGAUGGCUCUCCAGGACAAAGAGAGCCAGUCGGUCAUCGUCCCCAGCACCCGCACCAACUCCGACAUCCGCGCCUUCAUCGAGAGCAGCACGCCGCGCAGCCCCAGCCUGCCCAUCAAGGUGGAGAAGCCCAGCGCGGGCCACGUGCACCACUUUGAGAACUUCAUCAACAGCAUGGCGUUCAUGCUGCCCUUCCAGCUGCUCAACUCGGUGCCCGCUCCGCUGCUGGGCUCGCCGCCCGGCGCUCUCCAGCUGGACGCCGCACAGCGGCAGGAGCAGCAGCAGGGCCGGCUGGACGAGUCCGGCAACCCGGGCGAGAGCAGCCUCCUCGGCUCCAGCUCGGCCUCCUUCGCCUCCGACCUGGAGCGCACCGACAACUCCCUGGAGGCGGCCAUCACCAAGAAGGAGGCGGAGGACUUCCCCACCAGCGACAACUACUCGGACGGGCCGGCCACGCCGUGCAUGUCCACGGUGAGCUCGGAGCUCAACCAGAUGUCGCCGGACCACGGGAUGCGGUCGCUGGAGAAGAGCGGCGGGCUGAAGAAGGGCCGCGUGUACUGCAGCGCCUGCGAGAAGACCUUCUACGACAAGGGCACGCUGAAGAUCCACUACAACGCCGUGCACCUGAAGAUCAAGCACAAGUGCACCAUCGACGGCUGCAACAUGGUCUUCAGCUCGCUGCGCAGCCGCAACCGCCACAGCGCCAACCCCAACCCGCGCCUGCACAUGCCCAUGAACCGCAACAACCGCGACAAGGACGUGCGCCACACCGGCUCCCCCUCCGAGGUGAAGAGCGAGAAGCGCUCCGAGUACGGCGGCAUCUCGUCCGGCGUGGAGAGCCGCUCGGUCGCCAGCUACCUGGUCAACAACGCCGACUCCAAGCUCCAGAGCAGCUUCCCCAGCAUCAGCCAGAGCGGCAUCCUGUUCCCCAACCUGAAGACGGUGCAGCCCGUGCUGCCCUUCUACCGCAGCCUGGUCACCCCGGCCGAGCUGGCCAACACCCCGGGGACCCUCCCCUCCCUGCCCCUCAUCUCCUCCUCCGUCCCCAUGAAGCCGGCCGUCGGAGAGGCGUCCUCGGAGCCGGCGCCAAAGAAGAAGUCGCGCAAGUCCAGCAUGCCCAUCAAGAUCGAGAAGGAGGCGGUGGAGGACAUGGAGGAGAUGGCCGACGCCAGCGACUCGGACGACGAGGCCCCCCGGGCCGGCCGAGAAGUCGAGGAGUCCGAGGGCGGGGGUCGGGAAUGCCACGGACAGAUGUGCAGCGACGGCGAGGACCACGGGCUAGUCGUCUCCCACGUGGAGAGGGAACACCCAUCCAACGCUUUGAAAAGGCCCUUCAGCUUCACGCUGGACUCGAGCGCGGACGUGAGCCGGGGGAGGGAGGAGGACGGCCCCUACUACGCCGACGCGGGGUCCAGGCACAGCAUGGAGGGCAGCGUGAUCACCUGCGCGUCGCCCAAACCACGAGAGCACCACAACCACAGCAGCGGCACCGGCACCGGCACCACGCCCGGGCCAGAGGAGGACGACUGCGUCAACAAGCAGACGCAAGAGAAGCCUUGCGACUCCAUCUACGCCGACAGCAAUCACAGGGUGAGCAAUGGGCCGCUCUUUCACAAACUCGCAGAUGAGAAAGAGGACAACGAGGUCUGCGCGGACGAGUACAGCGAUCGGGACACAGACGCUGACCCUCACUCCAUGUGCAUGGACGGUAAAGACGACCAGCUCCACCACUGUGAGAUCUGUAAUAAAACUUUCAAAAAUCCGUACAGCGUCAAAAUGCAUUAUCGGAACGUACACCUGAAGGAGAUGCACCUGUGCACUGUUGAUGGCUGCAAUGCUGCUUUUCCUUCCCGGAGGAGCAGAGACAGGCACAGCGCCAACCUAAACCUCCACCACAAGCUGUUGACCAAAGAUCACUAUGGAGCGUCCAGCACAAUCUAUUCCACGUCCUCUCUUUGCAGGGAAAUUGCCAGCGACUUCCGGCAAGAUUUCUCCGCCAAAGACCCCGCCGGGCAGACGUCCGUGAUCUUCAAGGGCCACAACCGCAUGGGCCUGGUCUUCCCCAUGAGCAAGACGGCCGAGAGCGCCGAGCGGCCCGCGGAGGCGUCGGCGGAGGACGAGGCGGUGCUGGACCUGAGCACCACGGCGGCCUCCCGCGGCAGCGGACACUCCUCCUGGGACUCGGACGCGGGCAGCGAGGAGGGCGUGGCCCUGGAGGACAGCGACGAGAGCUGCGACGGACUGAACCUGGGGCCGGGCGAGAGCUGCGACGGACUGCACCUGGGGCCGGGCGAGAGCCUGGGCGGGGAGCAGACGGAGCGCUCACCUGGGCGCCACACGCCGCAGCUGCAGGCCAGCUCGCCCAUCACCUGCCAGCUCUGCCAGAAGGUGUACAGCAACAAGGGCACCUUCAGGGCGCACUACAAGACAGUUCAUCUCCGUCUCCUGCACAAGUGCAAGGUUCCGGGCUGCGACACCACGUUCUCUUCGGUCAGGAGCCGCAACCGGCACAGCCAGAACCCAAACUUGCACAGGAACAUGACUGUAAGCACUGCUCAUGAACAAGAGUAGGCUUUAUCUUGGGAAAAACUGUUCUCUCAAAUCAAUUUGCUUUCAUUGUCUGUUUAUUUUUGUUGAAUUAUCUACAUUUGGGUAGAAAUAAGAACCUGUUUACUGGCACUUUUGGGGAUUAAAUGCAUGUGAGAAUGUAUCUGAGGAUGGUAUGUCACAUCAGUGUAUUACAAUUCAGCAUAAUGUCUCUGACUGGCACAAGUCUUUCAAUUUCAAAAUAUCCAUUAAAUAAUUUUGGAUUAAAUGGAACAUUUUGCAGGCACACUCCUUUUUUUCUAUAGGACAGGUUUUUAGGUAGGACAUAUAACUUUCAAUGAUGCCAACAGUAUGUAUACAUGAUCAGUUUUGUAUCAUAUGGUUAGGUGAUUUUGGAUUGUAUCAUUGCUGCAUCUACAGAAACCUUAUGGGAGAUAAGUACCUCACUACUGAUAACAUUUUUUACCUAUUGAGAUCAUGAAAUUCAAAUUAGUAUAAUUUUUUUGUAUCAACGGAGGGCCACUGACCUGUCAUACAUACACCAUAAUGUCAAGUUCAUAAUCCUAGUAUUUACCACUUUUUGUUCUAUGCACUUAUUUCAUAUCUGAAACAUUGUUGGCCUUAGUCCGUUCUACUUGUCAACUGCAAAGUUCUAACUUUGAGGAACCAAAGUGCUGUCUAUCAAUGUCACAUAGCAUCUGGUGCAGGGUUCCCCAUGUUGCGUCCUUUUUCUUUCAAACAUUUUUUGGAACUAGUCAAACAUUUAAGAUGUUCUUGUUAUUUAGUGAUGACUUGUCAGUUCAUAUCUGUGUCUGUUGAAAUAUUGUUCCAACAAAACAUUGUGAAGUUUUUAGUUUGUGGCAGUUUGGGUCUCUGAUCCUAAAGGUCUUUGCUGAAACCUUGAUGUGUAGUGGUCCUGUUCAAUAAGUUAUUGUUUAGUGGUGUUUGUACAGUAUUGUUUUCCCUCUGUACUUGCUGUUGUUGUUGCUCAGAAGGCUAAAGCUGACCAAAGAGAAAAAGUCCUCAUUUACGAGGUAAGCAGUAUUAAACAACCCUAAGAGAUGUUUUGACAUUUUUCUUUCCAAUGCAUCAAGCUGAUGUCAGUAUUCAGACUUGGGUUCUGUCCAAAGCAAAUCUGUGCAUUAUUUAAAGAAUUUUAUACCUUUUUUGUUUUGUAAAGGGUUUCUUAUAUUUUGUGGAUGCUAUAGUCACUGAAAACAAGUGGGUAAAAACAUCUCAUAGAAAUAACAUAGAUAUACAAUCAUUGUGAAUCAUGAGUCACACAUUGACCAAGCAGGAUUAAAAGCCUUUGAAAAUGUACUGUAUUUGAAUGAUUUAGAAAAGUCCAACACUGAGGUGAAAUACUCCUGAAGUCAAAAACACAUAACAGAUCUUCUGAUACAUUAAUGUUUAUUUAAUUGUAUAUUUUGUGAAUAGUCAUUUUUAAUCUAAAAGGAACCAAAAAUGUAUAAUGUACUGGAAUUGUUCUGUAUAUUGGAUGCAUUGUGCAUCCUGUGAAAUAGUAACUACAGGUAAAUGGAACCUCUCUGCAUAUUUCUUUGAUGUUCUUCAUUUUUUAUUCUACAUACAGUAUAUCUUAUUUCAUGAUACGUUCUGGAACGUGGUGGACUUAGUUUUAAAAUAAAUAUUUCAGUUUCUUGAGUGAUGUCACAGUUUUGUAUUGAGAACAAAACGUCCUGUCAAUAAAUGUUCAUGUUUUUGAUUUAAUGGAUCAAUAUUCAUUCAUCUUAAAUAAAAAAAGCCAUAAUUGUUUGCA